AUGAUACCUCAAGACCCCAGACCGCUGAGCACACAACUCCAUUUCACUAGAUUGAUCAAGGUCAUCGUGUUAGGAAAUAGGGCGCUGACUGAUUCUGACUGGACACCAUUCUUGACUGUCCGUAAACAAAAGUUUCUUGCAGCUCUACGAUACCUGGUGGAGAACAAUGGACUUUACAGAGAUCCAACCAUCAACCAGGCAAUGAUAGACAACUGGAAUGACGACUUCAUUCGCCAGGAAUUUAAAGAGCACAUCAUUCACUUGUCGGACCCAGAUUGUAUGUGCUUGGAGCCGUUUUCGAGAUACAAUGUUCGAUUUGGGGGGAGAAGACCGUCGCUGCAGCUUGUCAGCAACGAUGUCUGUCUCCUAUUCACCCUAACGCUCAUUAUGGAAUCGCAGAGAGCAAAGAAUUCAACGCUCGGUUUAAUGCAUCCCUUGAAGCGGCUGAAAAUGAUGGAAGACAAGAACUAG